AUGGAUUUGUUUAUCCGAAAAGAGCUGACUGUUCUAGGCAGCGGCACUGAGCUCGAGAAUGUUGUAUCUCAUUGCAUCAAGCUACUCACAUGGCUACGCGCAUGUCAGGAGGAGAUACGCUCCCAGCAUUGUCAUCUGGAACUUAACCAAACCGUUGUUGAAUCCCUGCUGAAGGCUCACAUAUAUCUGUUCGAGUGCUAUGAUCGCUUUGGCGAAUCCCUGGCCGAUCGCUGUGAUUCCAAUAGUUUUUUUGAGGGGUGCUCCAGCGCCGAAGAUCGUAAGCAGUGCAUCAGAGAGCUGUGCAGGAAUAUUGUGAAUACACGAAAAGGAGAAGCGCAUGCGCCAAUCCUUUAUUUAUUGCAUAGAACGUUUGCUGAGAUUCAACCUGCUUGGAGUGUAAUUCGUGAUCUGGACUGGUCAGAGAUCCGGAAAUCCGACACACUGAACGGUAGUGAUCUUAUCAAUCCUGAUCUUCACCAAAUGCGACGCCUGGUGAAGCGAAUUUGUCGUUUGUCCAGCUUUCAGCAUAUGCAGAUCGCUCUGAAACGCUCUCUAGUGCUGGUCGGCUUCCAGGUAUGGCUGAACCUUUUCCAGGAGUUAAGAGAAAGUGAAAUCCAUUCCGACUGCCACUUAGUGCGUCAUAUGAUCUGCGACAUUCUGACAGAGGGAGAAACACCCACCAGUUCGGCUUUUUUGCACAAUAUCUAUCUAUUCGUAUCUCAGUCCGCCAACAAGGUUAGAUUCUGGGCAUGUCUGGAGCAUGUGCGUCUGCCUGGUAGCCUGAUUGCCUACUUAACCGGCCAUUGGAGCCGUUACCUGCCAUAUAUUGACCUGGAUGAAAUGCAAAUGACCGCCGAGGCUCCUAUCGCCCAAGUACCAUUGAACGAGGCUAUAUAUGUGACCCACCUGAUGCUGGUAACCGGAUCCCCCUGUCGCCGCGAAUUCAGUCACCAGCUACGCACCCUACUGUCUGCCAAAUCUUGGGCCCUGCUUCUGGAGCUGCUCAAUAAAGUGGCCUUUGUAUUCAGUUGA